CAUUUACGGGACAAUAAUGAACAUAUUUUGGAGAACAUCAGUGAUGGGGAUAUAGAGGGAUAUGAGGGAACUAAAAGAUCUGAACCCAGAAACCUACCUGUCAUGGAAGAGGGAUGUGAAUGAGAGCAGUCUUUUUCGCAAGACGAACAAUCGCAACUGAGCCCCACCCCUGAGGGACAACUCCCAAGAAGGUGCACUAGAAAUAGGCAACCGCCAUCUCGAUUUACUUAUGAUACCCUUGGUCAGCCUUCUUUUCAUGUGCCUUCAGUAGUUAACAGCGCAGAGGUCUAUGCAGGCCCUUCAAUGGUAGCCUGGAGUAUUCCAGGACACCCGUUGCUUCCCUAUCCAGUGCCAUCCCAAUUUUUCAACCCGUCAUUCUGUUUGCCAAACGUGUACACCAUACAAACAUCUCCGCACAUGCCAAUGUAUGUCUCAUAAGGCACCUACAUAGAUGUACAGAGUUUGUGAUAGUUGUAUUUUGAAGUUGUGAAAUGUCGGGAGCCAUUUGUUUUUUUGUUGGGGUGUGUUGUGACACUUACAAUUAGUAGUCACAAUUGUUUUGUAAAAUGAAUGUGUAAAUAGAGUAUCCUAAUUUAGUUCGAGGUAUUUUCAUAUCUAAAGUCACAGUUCAAGUGUAUGUUUCCAAGCUGAAUGCCACAAGACAUGUAAUUCCGCCACGCCAGCAGAGGGAGCACUCAUAUAGGAAAGGAGGGAAAUGGGAGGUGCUUAUUAGUGCUUCCGGGUCUCAGUCAGGUCACACCCUGCAAUGACAACGCAAUCAAGCACUUUGUAUCUCGUUUUUAUUCCUAUAAAACAGGACACACCAUAUCGAACACUGGGACAAGGCUACUCAGUGCGAGGCCUGUAACAUAUGGAGCCGCAUUUUGUACAGUCUGAAGUUUCUUUAGCGUUGACUUGUUCAAAAAAGUAAAAAGAGAAUAGCAAUAGUCAAUACGAGACGAAAUGAACGCGUGAAUGAUCAUCUUGAGAUCCAAUUUUGACCACAAAUUUCUCACUUUAGAAAUAUUUCAGUUUUUGGUCAGUUGACGUCAGUGACCCUCCAAAGACAUUGACGGAUCCAACACAACCCCAAGGUUUCUGAGGCUGCUUUUAACAGAUGCACCCAGAGCAUCCAGGGAGUUCUUGAUCGGGGGGAUCAAGUGUCACGGAUGGGGAUGGGGAGGCUUGGUGAGGAGGACCCAGUUGAAGCAAGGUGAAGGAAGACGUUUGUGCUGUUCACCAGUUUUAUUCCAACAACGAGGAAAAGCCAUACGACGAUCGGACAGCAAUACAUUGACUAAUUAGAUAACUGAAUACACCUGGACGAGAGGAAGUGAAGUGAACUAUAUUUAUAUAGUGCUUUUCUCUAGUGACUCAAAGAGCUUUACAUAGUGAAACCCAAUAUCUAAGUUACAUUUAAACCAGUGUGGGUGGCACUGGGAGCAGGUGGGUAAAGUGUCUUGCCCAAGGACACAACGGCAGUGACUAGGAUGGCGGAAGCGGGGAUCGAACCUGGAACCCUCAAGUUGCUGGCAACCGAGCUAUACCGCGCCACUCUAUCCAGUAAGGAGAGAGUGGAAUGGAGGAAAGCAGGGCCGGGGAAAGACACAGGUGCAGCCAACAUUACUGAGAAGCACAUGGGUCGGGUCGCGGAGGCAGCAGCCUAAGCAGGGAAGCCCAGACUUCACUCUCCCCAGCCACUUCGUCCAGCUCGUCCCGGGGGAUCCCGAGGCAUUCCCAGGCCAGCCGGGAGAGAUAGUCUUCCCAACGUGUCCUGGGUCUUUUCUGUGGCCUCCUACCGGGUAGUGACUAGGGUCUAUUGCAGAGAUGUUGAAAAAUCUACACGUUCUUGUCAGUCUGUUCAUCCUAAUGCCGUGGUUAUUGCUCCUCCGAGUUUGGUACUACGGCCCCGUCGAUCUACAAAUUAGACAAAAAGGAUACAUAAGAGAUGGUGAAUACCAGAAGCAGCCGAUAAUCUACGCCAUCACGCCCACCUACAGUCGAGCAGUGCAGAAGGCCGAGCUGACUCGUCUCGCCAACACCUUUCUCAAUGUGGUCAACCUGCAUUGGAUCGUGGUGGAGGACUCGCAGAGCAGGACGCCUCUGGUCAGUCGUCUCCUUCAGACGACUGGACUCCCCUACACUCACCUCAAUGUGCCGUCACCUACGACAUUCAAAACCAAUGGAAAGGGUACCUUACAAAGAAACAAGGCCUUAGAAUGGUUGCGGGAGACCUUCAAAGUGGACGACACCCAUCUUGGCGUGGUCUAUUUUGCAGACGAUGACAACACUUACAGCCUGCAACUGUUUGAUGAGAUGCGAUGGACCACAAAAGUCUCCGUAUGGCCCGUCGCAUUUGCGGGGGGCGUUCGUUACGAGUCCCCCAAAGUAAACUCCAUGGGUAAAGUGGACGGCUGGAACGUUUCAUAUGAUCCUAAUCGACCCUUUGCCAUUGACAUGGCUGGAUUCGCAGUCAACCUGCAUCUCAUCCUGUCAAAACCUUCGGCUAAUUUCGAGCUGCUAGCGAAGGGAGGACGCCAGGAGAGCAGCCUACUAACCCAACUGGUCUCCCUUGACGACUUGGAGCCCAAAGCGCAAAACUGCACCAAGGUCUUAGUGUGGCACACCCGCACACAAAAGCCAAACCUGGCACUCAAGGACGGGAAAGGGUUUACAGACCCUAAUAUAGAGACAUGACAUCCACUAACAGAAAAAGGUCAUUUGCAAAGUAUUUAUAUUAUAUUAUAUUAUAUUUACCCUGGAACCUGCUAAGUUUCUCCUGCUUAUGUUGACAACUAUUGAGCUCAACUAGGGACACAAGUUUUGUUCUUGAAAAAAAUCAACUUUGACACUGAAAAAUGUUAAAUAUAGAAAUAAAAAAAAGUGUGCAAAUUGUUUUGGGUUUUAAUUCUUUUAAACUAAUAAUUUAUUAUUAUUUUCCACUUUGAUAUCAUUUAAAAUUUGAGCUUCUAUUUUCUUUGCAGAUUAAAAUAUGUUUUACAGUGUGAAUUU